UGUCCCAUCUGGGACAUAUGACAAUAAAACAUUCUUGACUCUUCUCUUGAAAUAGAGAACAGUGUGUUGCGUCUCCCGCAGCGUUGUGCGUUCAUGGUGUUGGUGGGAGGGAUGGAUCCGAGUGCAGAGCGGGCGCGCGCGCGCUGGGAUUGGAAUGUUCCCCGGGGCCAGGAUCUCCCGCCCGCAGUUGGAACGUUUCCCGGGAUGAGGCGCGUGCCGGUUGCGGGCCAGAAGGAGAGGGAAAGGGAAUGAGGGUGGGAGAGGGACAGCCUGCAAACCUACCCGGAACAGACCGGCUCUCAGUCUCACCACAGAUCCUAUAAGAUCUUUGGUCUCACCCACACCGCCAGGCCAACCCGGAAGUGUUCGCAGUGAGUGCUGUGGGCUCCAGCCAGCAUUGCAAAGAAAGCCUCCCCAGGGGACGGGACGGGACGGGCAGCGAAGCGAGGGGGAAAUAGCCAAAGCUGAUCUCUUGGCUGCUCGCCCAAGUUCCUACAUCUGCCAAUAACGGCUGCAGAAACCGACCAGGGAAAGGAAGGGAUACAUUUGUAUACACUAGCACGAUUUUAGAUCGACAAACAGUAAUGUGUUGAAGAUAUCAGUUAGGUGCUUGGAGGUGACACAACAUAUAAAGAAAUGGCUUCAAGUGAUAUGAUACCAGAGAAUUUGAAGAAUCAUCAGCAAAGGAGCAGGAAGCCUCCCAUUAGCUCCAUUGACCAUGACGCUGAGGCAGAUGAUUGUUUUAUUUUUGAAGCAGAAGAAGCUUGGAAGGAAUAUCACCGUGCUCUCUAUCAGUUCUAUGAGGGCAAAGAACUGUGCGACGUAACACUGAAGGUUGGGCCCAAACUAAUCCCGUGCCACAAAUUGGUGCUGGCGUGCGUGAUUCCAUACUUUAAGGCAAUGUUUCUUUCUGAAAUGGCUGAAGCCAAACAGGACUUGAUCGAGAUUAAAGAUUUUGACGGCAAUGCAAUGGAUGACCUUGUGAAGUUUGCUUAUUGCUCGAGGAUUAAACUUACUGUGGACAACGUGCAACCUCUUCUGUAUGCGGCAUGCAUUCUGCAGGUAGAGCUUGUGGCCAAGGCAUGCUGUGAAUACAUGAAAGCUCAUUUUCACCCGUCAAACUGCCUAGCAGUCCGGUCAUUUGCUGAGAGUCACAAUCGCGUUGACUUGAUGAGCAUGGCUGAUAAGUAUGCUUGCGAACAUUUUAACGAAGUAGUAGAAUGUGAAGACUUUAUAAAUGUUUCACCAAGGCACCUCAUUGCACUUCUUUCAUCCAGUGAUCUGAAUGUGGAAAAAGAAAAGCAAGUGUAUAAUGCUGCUAUGAAGUGGCUGCACUCAAAUCCGCAACAUCACGCCAAGUGGUUGGACCAAGUUCUUGCACAGGUCCGAUUGCCGUUAUUGUCCGUCGAUGUUCUCAUGGGGGUUGUGGCUAAAGAAAGCAUAAUUCGCCAGAAUCUGAAGUGCAGAGACCUGUUGGAUGAAGCCAGAAACUAUCACCUUCAGUUGAGUAACAAGCCAGUGCCAGACUUUGAAUACUCCGUACGCACAACAUCAAGAAAAUACACCGCAGGUAACACAGCUUCUCAUUUUCUUAACCUGAAAAGGUGGAUUCCAAUGCAAAAUAGGAAGAUGUAUUUUAUUAUUCCGUGUAAAGAGAAAUCUGCGAUUGUUUUGUUUUUCUCCUUGGUUAGGUCAUUUCCAACUGCGUGCAGUAAAAUCUACGCAGUUGGGGGUCAUGAUGGAAAUGAGCAUUUGGGCAGCAUGGAAGUAUUUGAUCCAAUGACAAAUAAAUGGAUGGUGAAGGCUUCUAUGAACACUAAACGGAGAGGCAUUUCUCUGGCUUCCCUCGGGGGGCCAAUUUAUGCCAUAGGAGGUCUAGAUGAUCAUACGUGUUUCAGUGAUGUUGAAAGAUACGAUAUUGGCUCAGAUGUGUGGAGUUCUUUGGCAGCAAUGAAUACACCAAGAGGUGGCGUAGGUUCAGUUGCACUUGGGAACUAUGUGUAUGCAGUUGGUGGGAAUGAUGGAAUGUUAAGUUUGUCCAGUGUCGAGAGAUAUGAUCCCUACUUAGACAAAUGGAUGGAGAUUAAGGAUAUGGGACAGAGAAGGGCUGGAAAUGGAGUUGGUGAACUGAAUGGCUGCUUGUACAUAGUUGGUGGGUUUGACGAUAACUCGCCGCUCAGCUCUGUGGAAAAAUUUGAUCCUCGUACAAACAAGUGGGAAUAUGUGGCUGAGCUAACAACACCCCGCGGUGGGGUAGGCGUGGCAUCUCUAAUGGGGAAGAUCUUUGCCGUUGGUGGCCACAAUGGCAACGUUUAUCUAAAUACUGUGGAAGCCUAUGAUCCGAUAAUGAACAGGUGGGAGUUGGUUGGAUCCAUUUCACACUGCCGGGCUGGGGCAGGAGUAGCUGUGUGUUCUUGCCUGGUCAACCAAAUCAGAGACAUCGGCCUGGGAUCCAGCAAUGUCGUCGACUGCAUGUGAUUUCUACCAUUGACACGGAAUUCAGUAGAGUUUACUGAAGAUAGAUUUUUUUCUUCCAUAAAAUUACUGUUCCAUGUAGCCGGUAACCGUAGAGAGAAAAAGAAGGCCAGGGAGAAGCUCUGUACUUUGUAGAUUUUAUUUCACAUUGAAAAAGAAAGGUUUGUUGGUAUUGCAGUUUCUAUUUAUAGGAAACAUUAAAUCUACUUUCAGCCUCUUCCCUUCUGCUCCCAUUUUGUCCAUUUGCCAGUCCUUGGUGGUACGUCAGUGGCCCCACUCCCUUCCUUCCCUGUCCUCGCCCCCUUUCAGGGUUCCAAAUGCAUUUAAAUUCUAGGAAGUUUGGCACCAAGUUCACCAAGCAAUAAUUAUUUAGUUUUGUGAAGCCAAAAGCAACAGUGCACUGUUCAUUUUAUUAGCUACUGUAUUUACAGCAAAGCUAUUAUUUAUAAAUCCUGACAUUGUCAAUUCUUAAUAGCUUCAGACAAAAAUCUUGCAGCCGAUAGAUUUAUAACUAAGGUUUCUAGUUAUGAUUCUGACUUAAUACCCAUUUAGAACAGUGCGCAUUGAUAAUGACUGACUAUUCGUUAGUACCUUUGAUCCAUGUCUUAUCAUCUUGCUUUGUCUCCUCAAAUUGUAUAUUCCACAGUUAUGUAUGAACAUUGCACAAAUUAACAUGAGCUAACUGUGAAUGUUUAUUUUAUGGAAUAAGGGAAUUAUUACAAUUAUUUUCCAGGAUAAGGGAAUGACUUGAUUCUCAUGAAUGAGUGAAACAAAAGUGGAAACCAUUUCUAGUACUUCUCCCAUUCUGAAAAUUCUGAAAAGUUCUGAGGCCACUCUGUAUUUCACAGUGAGUUCUUGAUCAUACUGGGAUUCACCAGGAAAUUAAUGUGCUUGUCCACUGCAGAGGUGUAAAACACUAAAAUUGUGUGCAUCCCUUUUUGCCAUUUGUGCCCACAUGGCAGAGGCCCCUUCAAGGAAUACAAGGAUAUCGGAAGAAGGAUAAUAAUUGCAAGUAAUUUUGGGAAGUAGAUGGGAGAAUGCUAACCCCUCUAGCAUUUAUAACUAUGAUUUUGUUUUUAAUUUAAAUUAAAGCAAUAACAAAUGCAUUGGCACUUAACAGUCUAAACGCAUUGGGUUGCAAUUUGCUAUAUAAUCCAAAGUGAAGUUCAAAAGCUUCAAAUAGCAUCUAUGUAGAUGAUUUAAUGUAUUAGAAACCUAAUUCUCCCCCACUAAUUUGCCAAUAAUUCUUCCUGGCCUGUUAUUUUAGGGAGGAGGUAAAGAAACGCAUGUGGUUAUUUAACCACUGACUAUAUUUAAAAAAUACAAUUUAAUGAAUAUUGAUGAGAUUCAUAUGAUGAUCUAAAGUAAUUGUCUUUAUUACCUUCGGGAAUUGUUUUCACUCUGGGAUAAACUCCAAUGUGAUACUUGCAAGCCACCAACAAUGCUUAAAAAUUAAAUUAAAACAUUAAAUGUUAUAAAUAUUUACAAUGAGACUAUUUGUUUUGUAUAGCUCUGGUCUAAAGUUACAUUGAAUUGUUCAAAAUAGUUUAAUUAUGGUUGUGUUAUGAAAUUUCUAAUGUAAUGACAUUUUGCUCUAUUUGGAAGCGUCCAGUUCCAUGUAAGUCCUUUGCUACGUGUGAGAGAGGUUUAGUUUAGUUUAGAGAUACAGCGCGGAAACAGGCCCUUCGGCCCAUCGGGUCUGCGCCGACCAGCGAUCCUCUACACCCACUAGGGACAAUUUUUUUACAUUUACUAAGCCAAUUAACCUACAAACCUCUACGUAUUUGGAGUGUGGGAGGAAACCAAAGAUCUCAGAGAAAACCCACGCAGGUCACGGGGAGAACGUACAAAUUCCGUACAGACAGCACCCGUAGUCGGGAUCGAACCCGGAUCUCCAGCGCUGCAUUCGCUGUAAGGCAGUAACUCUACCGCUACGCCAACGUGACCGCCCUAUGCAAUGUCAUAAUCUAUGGACACCAGAUUUAAGACAUUAUAAUGCAAGCACUGACAUUGUCCACGAACAAUAUCAAUGGCACAUUAAAACAACUAUUACCUGUG